CUUUUACCCUUCUCUCUCACACACACUAAAAUGGUGGUGCUCGGAAAGGAAUCACUUUCAGCCGCCAUGAACGCCAAAAUAAUCGGGCCGAGCUCCGGCGAAGCCGUGGUGUUGUCUCAUGGCUUCGGAGCCGACCAGUCAAUAUGGGAUAAGAUUCUGCCUUGUUUGGCUCUGAGCCACCGUGUCGUCCUAUUCGACUGGAGCUUUUCCGGCGCCGUCAAAGACAAAAACAUCUUCGACCCAGUUAAGUACUCGUCUUAUGACGCCUUCGCCGACGAUCUUAUCGUCAUCCUCGAAGAACUGAACGUAAAGACGGCGACUUUUGUCGGACACUCUAUGUCCGGUAUGAUCGGAUGCAUUGCCGCCGUUAAAUGUCCUGAUCUAUUCAAGAAACUUAUCCUAGUUGGAGCUUCACCUAGGUACAUUAAUACCGAGGAAGAGGAAUUUGGAUUCAAGAGAACCGAUGUGGAUCAACUCAUAUCAAGCAUUGAGACCAACCUCCAAACUUGGGCUUCAAACUUUGCUCCACUAGUAAUUGACCACAAUGACCCUCUCUCGAUAGAAAAAUUCGAGAAAUUACUCAACUUAAUGAGUCCCGAGGCUGCCCUAUCGACUGCCAAAGUUGUUUUCUAUAGCGAUAAUAGUCACAUCCUCGAAAAGAUCGUCACACCAUGUGUCAUAGUACAGACGGUAAAUGACGUUGUCGUCCCUAUAUCGUCCGUCAAUUACAUGAAGAAGAAGAUCAAGAAUGCUUCCACGGUUGUUGAAAUGAUAGAAACCGAUGGCCAUUUCCCUCAACUCACCGCUCAUGACCAGCUUAUGGAAGUGCUAAAUAGAUAUAUCACUUCUUAAUUAAAUUUCAUCCUUUUAUUUUUCUAUAUUUUUGUGAUGAAUAAUUACAGCUUCUAGACCUUGUCAUGUAUCAAAAUAGUGCUCUUUUGUGUUUGAUGGCUUGGUGUAUAGGAUCUGUUUGGUUGUAGAAAUAUGAUUUCCAAUGUAUAAUAGUGGAUUGUUUGUUAUAUGAUAUAUCUACUGGUUUGUUAAAUCUUAUUUUGUCAAAUUUUAUUUGAGGUAACUAUGCA